GACAGCUGCCACCUGAAAGAAAGUACGGAUUACCGGUACCUUACCAUAAUUCUGCACCCACCGACGAUCCCCAGCCAACAUCUUGGUUUGCGACGUCCCACCGUCGCCUCCAACAACCUGCAUUCAAUCUCCGUACCUAAGGUAGAACAGGUACACCUCGCAAAGAUGCAGAUCGACGAGACCUUCUUCUCGGUGCGCUUCAAGUACGGUGCGCACACCAUCUUGAUGUUUGUCGACGGCCAACAGAAAUUCUCCGAAGUAACCACAUCGCUGCUCGAGGUGCUCCGUGACCGCUUUCCCGAUGGCCUUACAAUCAACCACACUUCCCCCGAGACGACUGCCGUUCCUGAGGGCGAUGUACAACUGGCUUAUGCCCUGCCUGUCAAUGCCACCGAUUUGACUCAAGGAUGGAAGAAUAUCAAGAUCUCUGACAGCGAUACGCCAGUUGGCAAGGGCUUCAAAGACAACUGCAUUGUCGCAUUCUCGUUUGAUACAGAUGAGCCUGAGUUCUUGGUCGAUAUCCCGACCCUGGAUGAUGAAAUGGACGAUGAAGAGGGCAUGGGGUCGGACGCAUGAUGGAUAACACUUGGGAUUUCAAAAACAAUACAUGCAUGGCGUUGGGCGAUGGGGUCGCAGAAUUAUGAAUCGUGUGCGUCAAACUUGAAAGGAGUGGCCUUUCAUAGACACACAGCAGCAUCUGUCUGCACAGAUGCAUGAGUACCAGGCGAUGAAAGAUACCGCCUUUGGCUAAUUCACACUCACAGAUAGUAAAUCGAGGGCCCAAAAUGUGCUGGGCAUCGAAACAAGCUUGUUUUUUUUGUUUUUAAGUUAGCAGGCUAAGGUACCUAGGACAGUUCAUGAUGACUACCACGACUGGAGACCUUUGAGUAAGGUAAGCAAGCACAUCUGGCCCCCAGAAUCGGGGACUCAUUGGUAUAUCGCUGUUUAAAGGCUUCUUGUGGCUUUGGUUUUAAUUCAAAGAACAUGUGUAAUUGAACCGCA